AUGUUGGUUGCAGCCCUAGCCAUCAAAGUCAAAAAAUUAACGUCCCUUUUUGUUCGGAACCUUGAUAGCAAGGUCACAGAAGAUCUGCUGUACGAGCUCUUUACACAGGUUGCCCAGGUGCAACGCGUUAACAUCCCGGUGGAUCCCCUGACGGGUUUGCAGAAGCAAUAUGGAUUCGUUGACGUGGGGACGAAAGAAAUGGCUGAGUAUUGUAAGGCCGUUUUAUCCGGCGUUGAGCUAUAUGGUAAACAGCUGGCAAUCCAAGAUUCUCGCGCAGACAUAGAACAAGGCGUUUUUACGCAGCAGGUUUUAAGAGUGACAUUCAUUAGGCCUCUCAACUACAUAGAUGAUUGCGCAUGCCCUGCUAGUCUAGGGAGCGGGUUACCUGGUAAAUUUCUGGAGAGGCUCAAGGGAAUCUUGGAGAGAUUCGGUGCUGUGACCGGCCAGGUUUACCACGACGGGUAUGCCCUUUUCUCUUUUUCCACUGACUGCGCGGCCACAGAGGCUGCUACCGCUCUAAACAAUCAGUUCAUCUGCGGAAUGCUGGUAACGACGGCCGUAAUCAAUCGGUAA